AUGAGAGUGGCUGCGCCGUACGUUCCAAAAAUGGCAGUUGACGCGCGAAUCGUCUACGGGGCAAGCUAUCUGCUCACCGCUGCGCCGCCCCCUGAAAAAGUGGUGUUUAUCCAGAAACACAAUGCCGCGAUUGUGCGCACCGAGCCGCACUCACGGUCCACCCUGGGCCAGCUGAUCGCCGAAUACACUAUCCGGAAAAUGACAAAACAGGGUCUGGUACAGCCGGACGUGCCAUCGGGGAUAGACAUAAAAGCCGAGGCACGGCGGUUGUUCAGCUCCUCUCACUGCAAGGCCGGCAUUAUGCAGUCGCGGGCCCUGUGUGUGAGGACCGACCACCCAGACGGUGGCGUGCCUGUUCCUAUCUCCGAAGACGAAUUUCAUUGGGUCGCUUCCAGAGACAACAUCCACCAAAAUCCACCCAAAUACUUCUAUGAGGCGGACACCUAUAACAGCAAGAUCAAUGGCGCGCAUUUCGACUGGCGCUUCUUCAACGCACGCAAUCUCUCGUCGAUCGAACGCAAAGCAGCACUCCACAAGCUGGUGACCACCUGGCUCCGUUUCUCCAGCAUCGCUGGUCUCCAUACCUGGCUUGCCCACGGAACGCUGCUCGGCUACCAGUUCAACGGCCUCGUCCUCGAUUGGGACUUCGACCUCGACGUCCAGGUCACCCAGUCCAGUCUCCUGCGUCUGGCACGUGACUACAACCAGACGCUUGUCGUGGAUGUGGACGGUACAGGAAGCUAUCUGCUGGACGUGAGUCCGUAUUUUCAUGACCGCAGUCGCGGUAAUGGCAACAACGCCAUUGACGCUCGGCUCAUUGACACCGCCACCGGUCUUUAUGUCGAUAUAACGGGCCUGGCCAACACUCCUAGCCAGCUGCCACCAACAAGGAAAAAACGACUCGACGAGCUUCAACGGCUCUACUUGCAAAAUGAAAUCGACUCCCGCAAUUUCUCGCAGCUGUACAGCUGUCGCGACGAGCACUACUACACGCAUGACGAGAUUUCUCCCCUGAGACCUGUUUUAUUUGAAGGCGUUUUGGCGUACAUUCCGCACAACGUGGACCAAAUCCUCCUCCGGGAGUAUCCAAAGUACCUCACACGCAUGACAUACAAUCACCACACGUUCAGGACGAGCCUGAACUCGUGGGUGUCGAACGAGGCGUGCGACAGACAGGACGUGCUGGGGCUUAGUUGCAAGGACCCGGUGACGCUGCUGGAGACUAAGCUCACAAAGCAGUACACCGCAAGGCAUAUGCUGCGCCAGGCCAGUUUGAGCAGCCGGUCGGACGAGCUCGAGGGUCUUCGCGUCGACAGCGCCAUGGGGCCCAUAAUUCAGCACCGGCUCCACACUCAGGUGUGA